AUGGUAAGUCUUCGAGCCGACAAAAUUAGUAAUAUUAUCCAUGAACGUAUUGAACAAUAUACUAGAGAAGUAAAGAUUGUGAAUACCGGUACCGUACUUCAAGUAGGCGACGGAAUUGCUCGUAUUCAUGGUCUUGAUGAAGUAAUGGCAGGUGAAUUAGUAGAGUUUGAAGAGGGUACAAUAGGCAUUGCUCUGAAUUUGGAAUCAAAUAAUGUUGGCGUUGUAUUAAUGGGUGAUGGUUUGAUGAUACAAGAGGGAAGUUCUGUAAAAGCAACAGGACGAAUUGCUCAGAUACCCGUGAGUGAGGGUUACUUGGGUCGUGUUAUAAAUGCUCUGGCUAAACCUAUUGAUGGGAGAGGUGAAAUUUCAGCUUCUGAAUCUCGGUUAAUUGAAUCUCCUGCCCCAGGUAUUAUUUCGAGACGUUCUGUAUAUGAGCCUCUUCAAACGGGGCUUAUUGCUAUUGAUUCUAUGAUCCCUAUAGGACGCGGUCAGCGAGAAUUAAUUAUUGGGGACAGACAGACCGGCAAAACAGCAGUAGCCACAGAUACAAUUCUCAAUCAAAAAGGCCAAAAUGUAAUAUGUGUUUAUGUAGCUAUUGGUCAAAAAGCAUCUUCUGUGGCUCAGGUAGUGACUACUUUCCAGGAAAGAGGGGCGAUGGAAUACACUAUUGUGGUAGCCGAAACGGCGGAUUCACCUGCUACAUUACAGUACCUCGCUCCUUAUACGGGAGCGGCUCUGGCUGAAUAUUUUAUGUAUCGUGAACGACAUACUUUAAUAAUUUAUGAUGAUCUCUCCAAACAGGCACAAGCUUAUCGCCAAAUGUCUCUUCUAUUAAGAAGACCUCCCGGUCGUGAAGCUUAUCCAGGAGAUGUUUUUUAUUUGCAUUCACGACUUUUGGAAAGAGCCGCUAAAUCAAGUUCUAGUCUAGGUGAAGGAAGUAUGACUGCUUUACCGAUAGUUGAGACUCAAUCUGGAGACGUUUCAGCUUAUAUUCCUACUAAUGUAAUUUCCAUUACAGAUGGACAAAUAUUCUUAUCCGCCGAUCUAUUCAAUGCCGGAAUCCGACCUGCUAUUAAUGUCGGUAUUUCUGUUUCCAGAGUAGGAUCCGCAGCUCAAAUUAAAGCCAUGAAACAAGUAGCCGGCAAAUUAAAAUUGGAACUAGCGCAAUUUGUGGAGUUAGAAGCCUUUGCACAAUUUGCUUCUGAUCUCGAUAAAACUACUCAGAAUCAAUUGGCAAGAGGUCAACGAUUACGCGAGUUGCUUAAACAAUCCCAAUCAGACCCUCUCGCGGUGGAAGAACAGAUAGCUACUAUUUAUACCGGAGCGAAUGGAUAUCUAGAUUCGAUAGAACUUGGACAGGUAAAGAAAUUUCUCGGUCAGUUACGCAACUACUUAAAAAAGAAUAAACCUCAAUUUAAAGAAAUUAUAUCUUCUACCAAGACAUUCACCGAGGAAGCGGAAUCACUUUUGAAGGAAGUUAUUCAGCAACAGAUCGAACUGUUUUUACUUCAAGAACAAACAUAAAUUUCUCACUUUUUUCUAUUCUUAGUACAAGAAUAAUCGUUGAGAAAUAGUUCUAAUUCGAAUGAUUCAAAAAAGGUUUCUUGGUAUAGCCAUUUUUAAAAUGGAUGUAAAUAAAUUGCGUCCAAUAGGAUUUGAACCUAUACUAAAGGUUUAGAAGACCUCUGUCCUAUCCAUUAGACAAUGGACGCUUUUCAUUCCUAUUUUCUUCUUUUGUAUUCUUAGUUCAUAUAAAAGAUAUUACCGGGAAAAUCCUUUAUAGAAAAAAGGAUGUAUAUCUAAAUUGAUGGUGCAUGUAUUUAUAAUACAUAAUAUGUAGCGGGUAGCGGGAAUCGAACCCGCAUCGUUAGCUUGGAAGGCUAGGGGUUAUAGUCGACGUUGGUUGAUCAUUUUUAACGUCUCUAAUUCAAAACUGAACAUGAAAUUUUUAUUUCAUUCGGCUCCUUUAUGGAAGAUUGAUGUAUUCAUAGAGAAAGAAUUACAUCCAUAACAUCUAUGUCAGCCUUUCUGUUUGAAUGUAUCCAAAACUAUUUGCUUACUAGAUGAUCCCUCUAGAGGAGAGGGAUUAUAUGAAAUCCGUCUAGUCUAGUUACUUCGUUCUCUAUUUCUACUGGCAGGAUCCUGAGGAAAAGAAUUUCGUUUCCACCGAGCUGAAACAAUAUGCGAUGCGGAUGGUUCUAGUAAACCAAAACCACUCUCUUCCAGCUUGUUUGGCUUCAAUUUCCCUUUUACAACACCAAAAUAGAAGAUCUAGUUACGAUUGGAACUAAAUUUUUGUAUCUUCAUCCAUGGAUCCUUAGUCAUACUUAUUCAAUUGGAAGACUGGAUCCAGUUCAAAAAAAUUAUGUUUCACGACUACAUAAUCCAUUUUUAUUUUUAAUAGGACUUUGGAUACAAAUCGUGAGAAUGUAUGUUCUUCCUCAAAUAUGCUAUUGAGAGGUAAAGGAUUAAACCUUUUUAAGAAAUAAAGUUUUUGAUCGGAGUAUGAAAAAAAACGGAGAUACCCCUUCCCUUAACUAUUUAAGUUUUUAAUAGAACGAAUCACACUUUUACCACUAAACUAUACCCGCUACAUAUACAUUAUUGUAUAUAAAUGGACUAUUUGUCGAACAAAGGAGUGAGACGCAAUCAAGAUAGGAUCCAAAUUAUGGUGUUGACGCAUAUUUAGUCCUGUUAGCCGGGGACUUAAAAGGGUAAAGGGCCCAAAGCUUUUCAAAUUUUCGAAUUUUUUAAAUAACAUACAUAAAUUUCAAUAAGACUAUAUAUAUCCUUGUUUUGUUGGAUUGCUAGUAUUUUCGGAUUGAAAGGGUCAUUGAAGCUAGACAAAAAGAGGUACUGGCCUGGCCGGUACUUAACUAAGACCCGGCCUGGGCCGGGGGAAUAA